AUGUCAUUCUUGAGCAAGGCUUUAAGGACUCUGGAAGUCCCAGUAUCAGAAAGAGAAACUCUUUCAGUACUACAAAAUCCUGAUUUACAACCUAUAAAACCACAAUAUAGAAUAUGGGGGUUUUGGUCAAAUUUUGGUUAUUGGGGGAUCAUUUCUUUAAGUAUGGUUACUUGGUUAUCUGCUUCAUCUUCAUUAUCCCUUGGGUUAAACGUUAGAGAAAUCAUUGGUGCUUAUAUUCUUGGUGAUUUAUUAACUUUGGCUUUCACUUUAGCAAAUUCUUACCCUGGGACAGAUUGGCAUAUUGGUUAUACUGUGUGUCAAAGAAUUUCAUUUGGGAUUUAUGGUUCAGGUUUAGGUAUUUUGGUUAGAGUGUUAUUGAGUAUUGUUAAUGCUGGCUCAAAUGCUUGGAUGGGUGGUCUUGCUACUUCAUUAUUACUUUCUGCUUGGUCUCCUUCUUAUAUGAAUAUGUCAAAUACUUUUAGCCCCGGAAUUGCAAUGACAAGAAGAGAUUUUGUUGGGUUUAUAAUAUUCCAAAUCAUUUGUGCACUUUGUUAUCUUAUUAAGCCUCAUAAGAUGAAUAUUCCAUUAGUCACAUCAUGUUUUUCAUGUUUUUUCGCCAUGUUAGGGAUGGUUAUUUUCCUUGUUAAUAAAGCUGAUGGAUAUGGUGAUUUAUUCACUUUAGAAACAGAAUUGAAAGGUUCUAAGAGAGCAUGGACUUGGGUUUAUAUCAUAACUAUUUGGUUCAGUUCAGUUUCACCAGGUUCAACAAAUCAAGCUGAUUAUUCAAGAUUUGCAUCUUCCAAAACUAAAUUAUGGGCAGGUACUGUACUUGCCUUAUUAAUCCCAACAACUGUGGUUCCAUUAUUUGGUGUUAUUGGUGCUUCAUGUACAAAAGCUGCAUAUGGUGAACAAAUGUGGGUUCCAACUGAUAUUGUCCUUUAUUGGUUGAAUCAACAUUAUGAUGCUGCAACAAGAUGUGCAGCUACAUUUAUAGCAUUUGCAUUUAUUUAUUCACAAGUUUGUUUAAAUGUUGUUACUUGUGGAUUUGCAGGUGGGAUGGAUCUUGCAGGUGUAUUACCAAAAUAUAUAAAUAUUAGAAGAGGUGCCCUAAUAACAACUGCAUUAUCAUUUGCUGUUCAACCUUGGAAUUUUUAUAAUACAAGUUCAAGUUUCCUUACAGUUAUGAGUUCAUUUGGUGUUAUUACAACUCCAAUCAUUUCAAUUAUUGUUUGUGAUUAUUUUAUAAUUAGAAAGGGGAAAUAUAGAAUUUCUCAUGCUUUUAAAAUUAAAGAUUCAGAUUAUUAUUAUACUUGGGGUGUUAAUUGGAGAGCUAUGGUUGCAUUUGUUUGUGCCACAGCACCAGGUUUACCAGGUAUGGCAUGGCAAAUUAAUAAUCAUUAUUUUUCAAAUGCUCAAGGUAUAAUUAAUUUUUAUUAUGGUGAUACAUUUUUUGCAUUUUUAAUUUCAUUCUUCAUUUAUUGGGGACUUUGUUUAUGGAAACCUGUUACUAUAACGCAAGAAGUUGAUAAAAAGGAUUAUUAUAAUGCUAUGACUGGAAAAGAAUUGGUUAAAUAUGGGGUUGAACCUUGUGAUGAAAAAUCACUUAAUAGUAGCGAUGAAGUUGAACAAAUUUCAACACAUUUAGAAGAAUCCAAAAUAAAUCGUAUCUUACAUAGAUUCCAUAAAUAG